AAACUAGCUGCUCUCUCUAUAAAAGGGGCAGAGGGUCCUUCUACCUGGUCUUAUCAACCCAUCCUGGAUGUUUGAGAAGAAAUGGAGUUCUUUUAUGUAUUUUGCCCACCUUUGCUUCUGGUCGUUUCUCUGAAAUACUCAGCCCCCGCGCCUGCUCUUUUUGCGCUGCCACGUACAUCCAGCUGGAGAGACUUCUAUAUUGCACAGGAAUACCUUGACAAGUAUUAUACACCCAAAGGAGAACACAAGGUUGGAGAAAUGAUAGCCGGUGGCAAUUCGUUGAUGAAUAAAGUUCGGCAAAUGCAGGCGUUCUUUGGCUUGAAAGUGACUGGGAAACUGGACCAUAGCACCAUGAAUGUCAUCAAGAGGCCUCGGUGUGGUGUCCCUGAUGUUGCAAAUUAUCGCCUCUUCCCAGGAGAGCCUAAAUGGAAAAAAAGUACAUUGACAUACAGAGUAUCCAAAUAUACAUCCAGCCUGAGUAAUUCAGAAGUUGACAAGGCCGUAGAGAUGGGGUUGAGAGCAUGGAGCAAUUCUGCCCCACUGAACUUUGUCAAGGCAAAGACAGGAGAAGCAGACAUCAUGAUAUCCUUCCAAAGUGGAGAUCAUGGGGACUCUUACCCAUUUGAUGGACCACGAGGGACUCUAGCGCAUGCUUUUGCACCUGGAGAAGGACUAGGUGGAGACACCCAUUUUGAUAACGCUGAGAAGUGGACAAUGGGGAUGAAUGGAUUUAACUUAUUCACUGUUGCCGCUCAUGAAUUUGGCCAUGCGCUGGGCCUUGCCCAUUCUACUGACCCGUCAGCAUUAAUGUAUCCCACGUACAAAUACCAGCAUCCCUUUGGCUUCCGCCUCCCCAAAGAUGAUGUGAAAGGGAUCCAGGCACUAUAUGGUAAUAACAGGAUGUUUUUGCAUCACCAGCCACUUCCCAGCCCACCAACUCCAAUGGAUCCAGACCACUGUGACUCCAGAGUCUCAUUUGAUGCUGUCACAGUGCUGGGGAAAGAGCUUCUUUUCUUCAAGGACAGGAUCUUCUGGAGAAGACAAGCUCAGCUAAAAAGUGCGCGACCACUCUCCAUCACAAGCUCUUUCCCUCAGCUCAUGUCAAAUGUAGAUGCUGCCUAUGAAGUAGCUGAGAGAGGAGUCGCUUAUUUUUUCAAGGGACCUCAUUACUGGAGAACUCACGGGUUCCAAAUUCAGGGCUCCCCUCGGAGCAUUGCAGACUUUGGGUUUCCCAGGGAUGUGCAGCACAUAGAUGCAGCUGUCUACUUGAAGGAUGAAAGGAAGACGCUCUUCUUUAUAGGAGAUGAAUUCUACAGCUUUGAUGAAGUCAAAAGAAAAAUGGAGACAGACUUCCCAAAGAGCAUUGAGGAUGAAUUUUCAGGAAUCAAUGGCAGAAUAGAUGCAGCAGUGGAGGUGAAUGGAUUCAUUUAUUUCUUUCGGGGACCUAAAGCCUAUAAAUACGACAAAGAAAAGGAAGAUGUUGUGAACAUUGUGAAAUCUAGCUCCUGGGUUGGCUGCUGA